AGUUAUAUUCUAGAAGCAACCUCUCUAUUUCUCUCUUCUUUCUCUCACGUUUCCAAAACUCCAUAUAUUUAAUUUAACAUUCUCAUCUCCAUUCAACAUUAAAUUAUCCAACACCCCCACAUCUCUCAUACAUCUAUUUUUCUUGACUACCAUAUCUGAUUGAGUGGUCGAGUUUGGUUUAAAGGUUAAUCCUUUAAAGUAUUAAGAUUUAUUUAAAGGAUCGAAAACGGUCGAGCAUCUUAUAUAUAUUGUAUACAUUGAUAUCUGUUCUAAUUAUUUUAACUUGGGUAUUAAGGAUUAUAUAUUGUAUACAUCGAUAUUUGUUUGUUCCAAUUAUUUUAACUUGGGUAUCUGAUCGAAAAUUAAGGAUUAAUUCUUGGAAGUAUUGAGAUUUUCUUGACAUAUAUAUCUUAUAAAUACAUCUAUGGCGAUGUCAAGAACCGUGGAGAUCACAAUUUUGUCAGCAGAGAACCUACAAAUGAACAAAAAACCCAUUAGAGGGAACACAUUUGUGACGGUUCAGUCCGACGCUAGCAGUGACACAAGUGCCACAAAAGUGGAUUCCGAAGGAGGGAGUUACCCUUCGUGGAACGAGAAGCUUGUGAUGGACGCGCCAUUGCAUGCAAGGUUCAUAACAGUUGAAGUGAAGUGCAAGACAUCAUCGACGGGGUCGAAGAGUGUCGGCGUGGCGAGAAUACCGGUUUCCGAUUUCGUCGGAGGGUACGUGCCGGAAAAUCAAUUGCAUUUCUUGAGCUACAGGUUGUGGGACGGCAAAGUUAGGAGAAACGGGGUUGUAAAUGUUUCGGUGAGGGUGAAAGUGGCACAACAACAACCACAACAACAUUUGUGUAAUUCGAAUUCUACGUCGUUGUCGGCGGUAACGGGAGUGCCGGUCGCCGGUAAUAGAUCCACCGGAGUUGUGACGGGGAUUCCAGCUAUUUGGUUGAACUACCAAAGAAAUUAAUCUUUGAAGGGUAAAAAUGAAAGCUAAGCAUUCAUUGUUUUUCCUUUUCGAUUUGCUGUAAUAUAAAAUUGUGACGUACAGCAUGAAGAAUGAAGAGGGAUUAAGAAAAGUAAAUUAAGUAAAAUUUUACCAAAUACUGGCAAAUUAUUGGCUCAAUUACUAUUUGUGAGUUUUCCAGUAGUAAUUAUGUAAAUUGUGAAUAUAAGAAAAGAAAUUGCCAAGUGUCUUUUUCCUCUA